AUGGCGGAGCUGAUACCAGAGGAUCAUCUUCCAAGAGAGCCUUCUAACGCUAAUCUUGACGUGAGUGACAAUCCUCCCGAACCUGACAACGCUUCAAUCCGAGCAGAAAGAGGCUCCCCGACUCCUUCAUCAGUUACUGUAGACAACCUUCCAAGUCUUCCUGAUCCAGUACAUCUGGCCACGGUACCAGAUCCAUUCGCAUUAGGUGAAUUACCGGAGGUUCCUGUUCCGCCGCCGCUUUGCAGUCAAGGGGAGUUACAGGGUAGUGAAACAAAUAACGUUCCGGAGCUACCGCAUCCUAUUGAUCCUCAAGCACAGUCGCAGAAUUCAGGACCCGUCAACAGCGAGCUGUACGCGCAGUUACUAGACCUAGGUUUUGACGACUUCACCGCUCGCCUCGCUCUCAUUCGAACUGCUAACAUAGGAGUUGAAGAGGCCGUAAAUUGGAUUAUCGAACGUUCGAAUCCAAGUGAUUUUGAAGAUAAUUCUUCGAGCAGCGGAGGAGAGGACGUAGAGAUGGGAGGAGGUCGUACGCAUAAAAUGGUUUUGGUUGCAAAUAUGAGUCUCAAAAUGGGUACUGGAAAGCUCGCAGCUCAGGUUGGGCAUGCCACACUCGGUGUAUAUCGACAGGCGAUGAACUCUGAGGUUGGUCGUGAUGCUAUCGAAGCAUGGACGCGACAUGGACAGGUGAAAAUCGUAGUUCGCGGAAAUAACACUGAACAGUUGAUGGAUAUGUGUAAAGCUGCAAAAGAUGGGGUUAGUAGUUUAAUAAUUUGUCCAGGUUACUGUCUUUAG